AAAAUGAAUCCCCUGCAAAAAGAAAAAGUUUAACAGGUGCUCAAAAAGCAGAAAUAUGCCACCUAAAACUAAAAGGUGUUAGUCAAGUCAAGUUAGCUGAACAAUUUACUGUUGCUGAAGCAACAAUUUCAAAUAUUAUUCGAGAAAAGGAUAGGUGGUUGUCACUUGAACCUGGUUCUAAUAAUAUUAAUUUGAAACGACAAAGAACUGCAAAGUUCGCUUUGUUGGAAGAGGCACUUGCUCUCUGGGUAUCAAGAGUAACCACAGCAUUACAAACGAUUACUGGAGUAAUAAUUCAGCGUAAAGCAGUUCAAUUGGCAGAAGGUCUUAAUGUG